CUAAUUUUCAAAAACAAAUAUUUAUUUUCCAUUGUCAACAAAAAUAUUCCUCCACAAUAAAUGUUCUCUACUUCUCUCUCACCCAUUCCUCUACUACUUCUUCUUCUUCUUCUUCCUCCAUCGAUCAUUCUUUUUUGGAAUCAUCUCAGUUAUUACACCUCAGUUACUGUACGGACGAAUGUGGUUGCUUCUAAAGCUCAGAUUCUACUUGAUCUAGUACAUCGUCUUCUACUCUAGAUUUUUCCUAUAAGCUCGCUUCAGAAAUUGAGGGACAAGAUGGUUGGUGUAUUUAAUAUCAUCUGAUUAAGAAGGAGAAACUUGUUUUUUUGGCGAUAAAGAUAGAAAAGAACUUGGCUUUUGUUCUUCUCUCUGGUUCAACAAAAGAAUUCAAAAGAGAAGAAAGGAUGAUGCUGAUGAGAAGAAGGUUGGCUUGCUGUAGCAGGGAGAGGGAGAUUAGUAUCGAUUUCGAUGAACAUGAACAAGAUAAAAUGAUUACAUAUUAUGGCUUGGAAACUUGUAUUAUCAAUAAUCAAUCAUAUGAAGAAGAGAGUGGAACAAGUCGAGGAGAUGGAUGUCUUACAGAUUCGUUAGAUGAUGAUGCAUUUUCAAGCUGUUCAUCAAGCAAAGAUGCCUCUAGCUCUUUUUCUUCGAAAUGGUUACCGAUGAAGAAUGAUGAACACAGUUGCGAUGGUUUGAACUUAUCUGGAAGGUCUCAACAUUUUGAUGCUAAGGAGAAGAAGAAACAAGGCUAUGGCAGUAGCCAACAUUUUGAUGCUAAGGAGAAACCAGGGUAUGUGUACUGUCAUUUGGAUGUGGAAGCUAUGAAGGAGAAAUUUUCUAAGUUAUUGCUCGGCGAAGAUGUCACUGGGGGAUGUAAGGGUGUCCAAGUAGCUUUGGCUUUGUCAAAUGCUGUAACACAUCUUGCUACGUCGAUUUUUGGCGAGCUCUGGAAAUUGGAACCUUUGUGUGAAGAGAAGAAACAGAAAUGGAGAAGGGAAAUGGAUUGGCUACUUUCUCCAACUAACUACAUGAUUGAGUUAGUCCCUUCUAAGCAAAAUGAUGCCAAUGGAAGAUCACUUGAGAUAAUGACUCCGAAAGCCCGCGCAGACAUUCAUAUGAAUCUCCCAGCUCUUCAGAAGUUGGACUCAAUGCUAAUUGAGACACUGGAUUCUAUGGUGAACACAGAGUUUUGGUAUUCUGAGAUUGGUAGUAGAGCUGAAGGGAAGAACAAGAGUACAAGUGAGAGCAAACGAUGGUGGCUUCCAUCGCCACAAGUGCCUAAACCUGGACUCUCUAACUCAGGAAGGAAGAAAUUGCUUGACAAAGGAAAAGUUGUUUAUCAAGUCUUCAAAGCUACAAAAGCCAUAAACGAAAACAUUCUUCUUGAAAUGCCAGUUCCCAUUGUUAUCAAGGAAGCAAUACCUAAAUCUGGAAAGAACAGCCUCGGUGAUGAACUGUACAAGAUGUUGGCUGUGGAAUCUGCAACAGUAGAUGAAAUCUUUAUAUCGCUCAAUCUGGGAACCGAACAUGCAGCACUCGAGACAGUUAACAAGUUAGAAUCUGCUAUGUUUGCUUGGAAAGAAAGGAUUACAGAACAAGGCAGCAAUGGUAAAUCCCCUGUAAGAGCAUCGUGGUCAUUCGCUAAAGAUCCGUUGUCUGAAAUUGGUCGCAAUGAGUCACUCUUGAACCGAGCAGAAGCGCUUAGAACUCAGAUCAAAUCCAAACACCCUAAUCUCCCUCACUCGUUUCUUGAUGCUACAAAGAUCCAAUAUGACAAGGACAUAGGUCAUGCGGUUCUCGAAGCAUAUUCCCGAACACUUGCGAAUCUAGCUUUCCGGAUUCUUUCAAGAAUGGGAGAAAUCUUGAAAGAAGAUUCUUUAAGCAACCCUAACUCUCCUGCACCACCGAGUUGCUUCCCUAGCUCCCGUGACCCUUAUAGGACACCUGAGAGACCUCUGCUUUCGUCCCGUGUAAGGCAUUCUUUAACCGAUGACAUGAACAAAGCCGAUGGGACAGAGACUGGUUUAGAUUUUUUGUUUGCAGAUGCUAAGGCAAGUAAUUCAGUGAAUACAACUCCAAGUAGAAGCAGUAGACUGUGGUGUUUGAGUAAAGUGCCUUCUGAUACUUCUCCUUGAUUUAGAGGGUCUUCCUAGUUCGAUGCGUGCCACCUGAAGCUUCUCCUUUACUUUGAAGGUUUUAAAUUAUGAAGCCUGAGAUGUUGUAAAUGUAUUAACAUAUUGCAGUUAAAGUACGAAUUCAUACAAUUUUGUUCAUAACUUCACGGUGAAAAGCAAAUUUUUAAUCCGGGAAAAAAAAUUGAUACGAUUGAUUAUGAUUAAAUUUAUUAGUCUC